CACUCAGUCUUUGUUUGCUUGCUUUUUUGCCAAUUGACUUCCAAUUUUCUGCAAACAUUUUACGAAAACUCAAGAACUCGUUCCGAAGACGCAGCAAGAAGCAACGCCAGCCGCCAGCAGCAAUAUCCCCAACCGCCACACUAUCUGCCAGCUGCUCAUCAUCGUUUAACGACGCUGCCUCCGGCUCCGUCCCGCGGAGCACCCUUUUUUCGCGGGAAGAGCCCUUGGAAACGGAGGAUUCCGCCAGGAAAAUGGAGAGCAAUCUAACGCGAAUAAUUCGGGAGUCGUCGAAGCUAAAACUCAGCGGCCAGCUCAGCAAAUAUACGAAUGUGAUGAAGGGCUGGCAAUACCGCUGGUUUACGGUAGAUGCAAAAACGGGAUCGCUUAGCUAUUAUUUGUGCGAUUCAUCGACCGUUGGCGAUGACAUUGCACCCUCCCCGCAUGUCUUGGCCAGUGCACCUCGCGGUCAGGUGCAACUGGCCGGUGCCGUGGUGUAUCCCAGUGACGAGGACUCUAGAACGUUUGCCAUUGCCUGUGCCUCCGGUGAUACGGUCAAGCUGAGGGCCAACGAUGCACGAGCGAGGCAGGAAUGGGUGGAUGGACUGCGGGCGGUGGUGGAGAGUCACAUGAAGGCCAUGGACAUAAGCAACUCAUCGCCGUUGCCACCGCGGGAACUGCUGGCCGCCUCAGAUGCCAUGGUUUCCGCCCGCCAGGCAUUGUUUCUCACAGAGCAAUGCAACGCCUCUCUGGCCAGGGCCAUUGAGAGCAUCGAUUGUGCUUCCUUCUCGCCCACGGAUCCCGACCUGCUGCUGCUCAAGGCGAUCUCAAUGGCCAGCACCCAAAGUUUGCACCAAUGCCUGGGCCUGCUCCAGCGCCAUCAGGAGAUCAAUCAGCCGCCGCCCUCGGAGGCUGCGCCCAUUGUGCUCUGAGAGCAUGUAAGAGAUGUGAAGAUGAAGAGAGAGUAUCCAGUAUCCAUCUAUGAAAUAGAGCAAUAAACACUACUGAUGCCAAGCCCUGGUUGCGUGGUGUGGGGUUGGCGGUAAGCAAAUUAAA